CUGCAUGCAGAUUGCUGAGAAGCCCCAGGGAGCAGUGGAUUCUCUCGAACAGGGUCAGGGUCAGCAGGAGGAUGACUUGCGACCGAAUGGCCAUCAUCUGCAUGCUGCAAGGAGGACUAAGGAUGGGUCGGUGAACUGGAGCGGCAGGCGGUGCCUGAGAGACAAGUCGGGAGGAUGGAUUGCCGGUUUCCUCAUCCUGCUAAACCAGGCGCUUGUGACAUUAGCAGUAAAUGGCAUAGGGACGAAUCUCGUGACGUUCAUGGCGGUGGUGAUGAGGCUGGACAACGCUGACGCCGCCAACCGUGCCAACACCUGGGCUGGAACCACCUACGUCUUCGCCAUCAUAGGGGCACUUGUCAGCGACUCCUACUGGGGCAGAUUCAAGGCCUGCAUCAUCUUUCAGCUCAUCUUCCUUGCUGGAUUGGUGGAGCUAUCAAUAUCAUCCCAUUUCUUCCUUCAUAAAUACUGCGACUUCGGAGAUGGAGGAUGGAGACAAGCAAAUUGCAGGCCACCCACAAAAACAGAGGCACUCAUACUCUACAUGUCAAUAUACCAGAUCGCGCUAGGAAAUGGAGCCUAUCAACCUGCAAUCACAACACUUGGCGCUGAUCAGUUUGAUGAAGCUGACAUAAAGGAAAGGAAAUCAAAGGCUGCCUUCUUUGGUUACUUCUUCGUUGCAAAUAACCUAGGCAGCCUGGUAUCUGUCACUGCACUGGCGUACAUAGAGGACAGGGGUGGGUGGGUCUUGGCAUUUUGGAUUUCAACAGGGGCAGCAUUCAUUGGUUUAGUUCUAUUUGCCAUUGGAACCUUAAGGUAUAGGCAUUUUUUGCCCAAUGGUAACUCUAUCAUAAGUGUUUGCCAGGUCAUUGUUGCUUCAAUAAAGAAUAGACACGUGAAGACUCCACAGCAAGCAGAAGAUCUAUAUGAGGUUGAUGGAACCCACAGCAAGAAUGGGGGCAGAAAGAUGCUACACACACCAGAUUACAGGUGUUUGGACAAGGCAGCAGUGAUUAAAGAUCCAUCUGCCCUUUCACCAGGUGAGCACCAUUCACCAGAGCCAUGGCGCCUGUGCGCAGUUACUCAAGUGGAAGAAGUGAAAUGCGUUCUGCGGCUGGUUCCAAUAUGGCUCUGCAGCAUCCUUUACUCCACCGCAUACUCACAGAUGUCAUCGGUAUUCAUCGAACAGGCAGAAGCCAUGGACAAUUCCCUUUCAAAGUUCAAAAUCCCUCCUGUGGGCGUAUCUGUAUUUGAAAUAGUCGGUGUAACAUUAUUUGUGUUCAUCUACAGAUUUUGCAUUGCUAAAAUCUGCUCAAAGAUAUCACAGGAGCCUACUGAGCUUCAGAGGAUGGGUAUUGGACUUGUCAUAUCAACAGUAGCGAUGAUCACGUCUGGGUUGGUGGAACAGCAGAGGUUAAAAUAUGCCACGAGAGAUGCUGAAACAUCCAGCUCUCUAACCAUCCUUUGGCAAAUCCCCCAGUACGUGCUGAUCGGAGCGUCUGAAGUGUUCAUGUAUGUCACUAUGACAGAAUUCUUCAACGAUGAGCUUCCAGAUGGCCUAAAAAGCCUCGGAAGUGCGCUAUCUGUGGCCUCCAUGUCAGCUGGGAACUAUGCAAAUAGCCUGCUAGUUACUUUGGUGACGGCGAUCACCUGCAAACACGACCAAGCUGGGUGGAUACCACAAGAUCUCAACAAAGGUCACGUAGACAGGUUCUUCUUUCUCAUAGCAGUGCUCAACGCCAUGGAUUUAUUUGUGUUUGUAGUGUUUGCCAAGAGGUAUAGACAUGCUGUAUUGGUCAAAACUGUGGCAGAUGAAAACGGUGUCGAGUUGAGAUGA